CUUCUGCACCUUCUCUCUCUGAGUUCCUGUUUAGUGUCAGUAAAGCCCUGCAGACGUGUUGAAGACUGCUCCUGUUGUUGCUGCCAUUGUUUCAGAGUCUAUGUAGGCUGAUGCUGAAGGAUGUGGUUACAUUUCCAUCUCUUUUCAUCUUAAGUGCUGGAUUACGCUCCGAGGACACCGGUUCCAUCUCACCCCGCACACCGAUAAGAGGCAAAGAAAUCAUGUGAACAGGCUAACAACUCCAGUAACAGUAAAGAUGCAGCACACCUCGUGCACAGAGGACCGGAUCCAGCACGCUCUGGAGAGAUGCCUGGAUGGACUCCGGCCAUCAGAAAGCCUGGCACAAUCCUGGAGCGCUGGUUGGUGUAUGAACCGCUGGAGCCUAGAAGAGCUGGUAAAGAGAGACCCAGACAAUUUUCUGAUUCUACUGCAACAAAUUCUCAGAAAAGCCAAAGAGGUUCAACAGGAGUGUCAUUACGAGCUUGUGGCCCCCUUGGCUCUCAUGUUUGAGUCCACACUCCUGCAGAUGCCUCUUUGUCCAUCUAAUGGAGAGAUUCUGACAGAAGCUUGUGAAGUGUUUCAUGGCUUCCUAGCAUGGCCUGAACCCUACUGCAGUGUGUGUCGUAACCUGCUCUCCACAUUACAUCAAGAGCUUAGAGCUCCAGGAAUUUCAUACCACAGACUGGUAAGAGAGGAACAAGGCCUUGCCAUCUCCACUCAGCGUUCUAAGAUCAUUACGGUGUUGUUGAUGAACCCGGCUGAGGUGCCUGCUGAGUUCCUGUCUGUGGCGGAGCAGCUCAGUGGAGCAGAGGUCUCGCAAAGAGAGAGUAGCUUUACACUCAUUAAACACAGCUUCCAGGCAGUGCUCGGAACUAAAUAUCCACUACAGACUAUCAGCAGUGCUCUACAGUGCCUUGGUGAUGAUGAGUUGGCACAGAUCCUGUCCUCAGUGAGUGACCUUCUAGAGUCUGCAGCGGCCAUGACGGAUAUAGCUAAAGCUCGGGAACAUGUAGAGGGUGGCCUGGAGGCGCUGCGAGAAAAACUUGGCGUACCAGCCUCCAAUGGCACGAUGUCGGAUGGGGUUCUUCAGACACUCAGCCUUCCAGCAGCCAAGUGCUACACCUUCCAUUGGGACAAGGAUAAUUUUGAUGUUCUAAACGACCUUCUAGACUUAGAAUCUGAAUCGACCCUAUCUCAAACAUCUGAGGGCAUGGAGGAGGAGGAUGAUGUUGACAAUGUUGACAAUGUUGACAAUGUUGACGUGGAAGAUGAUGAAUAUGAUGACUUGGAUGGGUUUGUUUCAAAUGGUUGCACUAACUAUCGGGCAUCAACUUUCUCCACUGUCUCCUCCCUUUCCACUGCCUCCAAAGACUCCAUGUUCUCCACACUGUCGGUCGCUUCCUCCGAAUACUCUCCCCUCUCUACGCUUUCAUCCUCAUCUCAAGCUUCGGGCACAGAUAGUGACUUCUGUGAGGACGCAGAGGAGGACUGUCUGAGCACAGCGUCAGUGUCCAAAACCAAAACCACCGCACGACUUUCCAAGCGCCUCUCACGACUCUUCAAACCUCGCAGCAGCAACCCUCUCUGUCGAGCCAAGAGCCUGGGCAGCCCUGAGGCUAAAGAUUUAGUAGUGGUCGUCCGCUCGAAGAGAUCCAAUUCUCUGCCACAGCAGGUGCGGCUACGGAGCUCUGAUGUUGGGUUCCCAGUGCCCCCCCUCUCGCAGUUGCAAUACGUUUGCUACAGGAGAAGACCAAUUCUGAGUAGUGAUGAUGAGGAAGGGCCAGCAGGGGCCACUACGCUCAGAGUGGUGGUGUUUGGGGCAGAUCAUGUGGCAGGGAGGGUUGCCCGUGCCUAUGGCAGUCUAAGGAAAAGAGAAAGAGACUGUCCGCACCUCACCAAAGCUUUCAGGAUGAAGUUUUUCUUUGUGCCUGUAAGGAGGGAUACAACUCCAGCCAACUCUUCUUUGAAGAACUCUGGUUCUUCUCUGCAGCUCUCAGCAAGUCCACUGAAACCAGCCGUCUCUAGCAUUGAUCUCAGUGUGAAUGGGACGGAGGACAGCACUAAUGACAUAGCUAAUCUGCUGGGAAUGCUGGAUCCCUGGUAUGAGCGUAACACUCGGAGCCUGCUGGACCUGCCCGUUAAUGUGGUGUGCCAGCAAACAUCAAAGAUUGAUUCAGACUUGUCUGAGGGCACAGCUGAGGAGCAUUUACCGAUAUUUGCUGACCUGGUGCUCUAUUACUGCCGCCAUGCCGCCCGCCCUGCCCUCAUUCAGCUCUAUCAAGCAGAGUUGACACUAGCUGGAGGAGAGAGACGGACUGAAGUGUUUAUUCAUUCUCUGGAGCUAGGCCACACAGCUGGUACAAGAGCCAUCAAGGCCAUGGGUGCUGCCAGUAAGAGAUUUGGCAUUGAUGGAGACCGUGAGGCUGUUCCCUUGUCACUGGAAGUGACUUACAACAGAAUACAUAUCAGUGGCAGAAGUCAGAAGACCAUGUCAGAAAAGUCCUGCACCUCCAUAAACCUGCUAAAAGCCUGCAGGAAUCCUGAGGAACUAGAUUCUAAAAUGGAGUGCCUUCAUUUGACAAUGACAGAAGUGCUGAAGAGACAAAACUCUAAAUCAAAGAAAGGCUACAAUCAGCAACUGACCACCACACAAGUAAAAGUGGAUAAGGUUCAGGUUAGCGGAACUUGCAACACCACCUUUGCAGUUUGUCUGGACCAAGAUGAGAAGAAAAUUUUACAGAGUGUGACCAGGUGUGAGGUAUCAGUUUGUUAUAAGCCGGAUAGUUCAACUGAUUGGACGAAAGGAAGGGUGUUCUCAUCUCAAACCCAGCCUCUGCAUCCAACCUUCUGCUCUCUUCUUUGCCUCCCUGUUGCCACUUUCAGUGGACCUCAGCCUUGAACACAGAGAUCAGGCUUGAACCCAAAACUCCAGCCUAAGAAACCACCAGUUUUCCACUUUCAGUUUCAAACUACAGCUUUGUAUAUCAACUCUCUGGGCAAAAGAUAAGAUACACAUUUGGGUAAAAAUGCUCUUUUAUUACAUUAUAUGAGCGUCAUAUCUGUAUGUGCAUGUGGGGUUGGUUGCUUCAAACUUCUGAGAUUUGAAUAAUCAGAUCAGAAGUUGUUGUUUUUCCUAAGGGUACAUCCUACUGAAUAUAAUUCGGUAGACAAACUGAGACAAUUUAUGUGGACUUAUGACUAACAUUUGUAUCAGGUUAUGAGACAAAAUCUGAGUCAUCCUUAACCAAGGUUUGGUAUGAAUGGGAUGUUAUCACUGGAUUGAUUUCUAACUGGGCCUGUCCUGGCUCUUAUUCAACCAGUAUGGAUUUCUAACUACCAGAAUACUCUUGUUAAUGAACAUUUUAACCAGCAUCCAAAUAAGCACUGUGGACAAUGUAAUAAUGUGUUUGUAUAUAUGACGUAAUUAUUUUAUGUAGUUUUAAUUACAAUUCUCAGGAAAUAUGUAUAUUCCUUUACAAUCUUUCCUUUUUAAUUGUUUACGUAAACCCAUUUCGGUCUGGUCAGAGAAUUGAGACAGUGGUGCCUUAGAUUUUAGUCCUUAAAAAUCUAAUGUAUUCAGUGAUUAUUUUUGUAUAUACUUGUCUAUCCUCUCUGCUGUUUUGUUUUUGAUGUUAUGACUUUAACCUUGCCUGGUUUGAAAACCCCUUAUUGCAGUUUAGUCGGUUGGCCAACAGAGGUCCUUAUAAACCAAUUCUUGAGUUCUACCCUGUGGCCGCUGGAGGCUGAACAAUGGUGAAUAAAAACCAAGACUGUUCAGUCUGUAUGCUUUAAUACUGGCACAGUUUAUAAUUGAAACAAUCAUUUCUUUCUUGCUUGCUUUCUUUUAAACCACAUGUAUAUUUAUAAUCUAAAAUGAUCAGUAUAACUGUCAAAACAAUCGUUUUCUCCUCUGAUUGUUUUAUAAACACUUAAAAUUGUAUAUAUUUUAACAAGAUUAUCAAGCAGAGGUGUACAAUGUACAUAUGUAUGUGUUUUUAUAUAUAUAUAAAAAAAAAAAUAUAUAUAUAUAUAUAUAUAUAUAAUUUUGAGCAAAUUGGGGGAUUUUACUCUCUCAGGGCAGACUGUUUUUAAAUAAUGUCCAUAUAUCGUUUAUUAAACUUUGUAGAUGCAUUCCAUUUGUGAUCAUACUACAUUUCAUUUUGUUGUGACAACAUGUUGGAAAGAGUGUUGUGGGUACAGACCAGUGCUACUGAAAUGUACGCUGUUAUGCAAAAUGUCUUUUUAAAUUAUUUUGUGAUCCUAUAGCAUCUCAGAGAACUAAAGCGGUACUUUCCAUGUGACAUGUAUAUUCAUAAGGUGCAUUCAAUGUCUUUAUAUUUGUACACUGUAACAUGUCAAAUUAAAAAUAUUUUAAAUAAAACCCCUUUCAAAUGAAA